AUGAAUAAUAGAACGUCAUUAGUAUCAUUAAAACGACAAUCUGCAUAUACAUUAGAUAUUCAGAUUCGAAAAGGAGAAAAGAUUACUGGUGGAUUUGGUAAAACAUUUUAUAAAGCAGAGUGGAUAAAUGAAAAAUACUCACCAAUUGUAUUACUUGAAAUGAGAGGAAAUAAAGCAACCAAUGAAGCUUUACUUUAUAUAACACUUGAUCAUCCACAUAUUAUAAAAACCUAUGGUCUUGUGGAAUCAAAUGGUCAUGGAAUAAGUUCGGAUUCCCUUUUACUUCUACAAGAAUAUGCUGAAGAUGGUGAUCUUGGUAGAUUACUAAAUGCAAAAUAUUUUAUUCCAUCACAAUAUGUUUUUCUCGAAAUAUUUAUUCAAAUAUCAAAUGCAAUGAUUUAUCUUUCUGAAAAUGGUAUUAUACAUGGUGAUUUAGCAUGUAGAAAUGCACUAGUUUUUCAAUCACAUCCAUAUGAACCAAAGAAAAAUUUAGUUAAAUUAAUUGAUUUUGGUUUAACACGAGAUGAUUCAAUACCAUUAAAUGUUAAAAUUGAUAUUCCAAUACGUUAUGUUGCUCCAGAAAUUUUACGUAGUCAAGGUCGUUUAAAUUAUUCACAAAAAUCAGAAGUUUAUUCAUUUGGUGUUCUUAUGUGGGAAGCUUGUUCAUUUGGAGAAAUACCUUAUGUUGAUAUUAAUGAUGAUGAAGAUGUUUGUCAAGAAAAACUUCAAGGUAAUAAAUUAUUGCGACCUAAAAAAUGUGAUCCAAAUAUUUGGAAACUAAUGAAUAUAUGUUGGAAUGAUAGAUCAUAUGAUAGACCAAAUUUUGAAAUAAUUCAUAAACAACUUAAGAAUAUUCAAAAUAUACAAUCAUCAUCAUCAUCAUCACUUUCAAAUUCAAUGUUAUCCUCAUCUCGAACAAUAGAAGAUAAUCCAUGUUUAUUUAAAAUCGAAUAUGAAACUUGUCAUGAUUGUGGUUUAAGGUAUACAGAUGAGGAUUCUCAUUUGAAUAAAUGCAAUGGGCAAAAACUGACAUGUUUUCAAUGUGGUGAACAAUAUCAACAUGAAAUUUACGAUAAUCAUAUAAAAACUUGUGGUCUCUCAACUAAUCCUAUAAUUAUAUCACAUAAUGGUAUAGUUGUUUAG